UGCGGACGAGCGGCCGGUCGUGUGUUCGUUGACUAGUUGUACUUCUGUUGCCAGUGGGAAAAAAGAUCGCUUGUUCGAAACUGGAAGGUCUGUGGAAGGGAUUGCGAUGAAAUCGGCAGAAAAAACGCAGGUUUGCCGAUUGCUGGCAAUUCUUCUGUGCAUUCCCCUUGUCUUGCCUAGUCCCCAAAGGUGGAGAGCUUACACAAGCAGCAGUUACUACUACACAGACUACACUUUUCCCAAACCUCAAGCGAAGCAUAAGUUCGUCCCAGGCCCACAAUACUGUCCUGACACUGGACGAACAGUCUGCAAGGGAGUAAGGAAUUAUCCCGAUGAACAUAUCUACCAAGUCGUGAGCAGUGCCAAAGCCCGCCGUUUCAACUUCACUUCAGUAUUUGUCGACGAGCGAGAUGGAGAUCUGGAACCCAAUGGAAACUUGCUUCCUGAAGGACCUCCCAAAGUGCAGCACGAUGGGUACGUCGUGUAUCAAACUGCGGUACACUACGACUAUCACCUACCAGGAGCUGCUUCGGUACCUUGGAGGUACGCUGUGGGAGGACCAACCACUGGAUCCGCCGUGGCAACACAGUCCAUCCACAGGAGGAGGAGACCCAUUGCCCGACGGCAGCGCGACAAUGAAGAAGUUCCAGCCUGCCCCGUUCGCACCCGAUUCGUCCCUCCGCAAGCAGCCCUGAACGACAACUCAGAGUGGAAGUACAUCGUGAACGUGCAGAACAGGGACACACGCUUCAAGCAGAUCAUACGUGUCGACGUGUGCGAGUCUCCAGGGGCUCCAUGCACACGUGAAAUCUCCCUCCCUUUUGGUUUCGUGAGUCGCUGCAAGCAGAAAUUCAUCAAAAAGAAGCUACUUGCCCUCGAUGCUGACGGUCAGGGGACGUCCGCAGAGAAUUUCUUCGUACCAUCCUGUUGCGUGUGUCACGUGACGCGGAAUGGACAGAAACGAUGACCCUCGAGUUUGGACCGGAAAGGCAAGCCGUGUCGAGAUGUUUCGUUCCUGGCGCCAAGCGUUAGGAAUAUGUUUGCGAGGAAGAAACCUGCUCCAAGGAAGAAGCCAAGGAUAUUGCCAAAUGUGACAGCUACCUGAAUUAGAAGCUACAGACCAAACAAUGUGUGACAAAUGUUGCUGCUGCGUUAUAAGCAUGCUUUUUCGACAGGGCUAAAGUGGAUUAAUUUCUGGCAAUGAUUUUUGCAUUAGCGAUCAAUGAAUUAAAAUGACCGAAAAAAAUAUGCUCCGAGUGACGUACCUUUCCGGAGAAGAACCGUUUUCUCUUUUGGUGCGGAAUGCAUGAAAUCAGCUUGCUUUGAUGCAUUCAUAGUCUGUUCGUUAAACAUUUCAAACGUUAAGAAGCAAAUCUUUUCCAUGGAAUUAAAACACACUGGCAUUUUUGAUGGCUUAUUUCGCAUCGCAUGCUCAAGACUUGAUCUGUGUUGAAAAAUGAGUUUCUUGUAACCUCAAAACAUGUACUUGAAUGGAUUUUCUAUUUUUGCUUCAAUCAUGGUAAUUUUGUAAAAAUCACUUAUUCAUUGCAUGUCCUAUGCAAAAAGAAAACUUUUCUGUUUUCGAUUUUCCACAGAAAGCUAUCGAAUGAAGAAUGAAUUUUUGACCCCACAAUGCUUCUUAUUCCGUAUCCUCUAGGUGUUUUCAAUUAGUUCUUAAAGUUUGGUCAUUUUUUUUAGAACCACCUGUAUACAGGCUUUUCCUAAAUGGUUCGUCGAGUUUCAAAGGACUAUUCCUUGUAAGUGGUUCUCAAUUGGUGGUAUAUAGAUGCACCUUAUUAAAACUUGCCUUCAACGACUACAAGCUGGAUUUGUCCAAAUGCUGUGUGCAAAAAUUAAAUUAUUGAUAACAAUAAUAAUUAAAUUUUAAACCGGCUGCUCCAUUGUCCCAACCCGCAGGGGAGGGGGGUAAUAACCCCUUUACUCUCUUCCAAACACAAUGUUAGGUUAUACUACCGAUCAUAGUAUGGCGGAAAGGAAACCUUCACGAGCUACAAGACGGGAGAUUAACUUGGCUUAGAAGAGUUAUGAUAAGAAUAGUAGAAAAAGUUGCAGUUUUGACUCUACUGUGUGACCACCAAUGAAGUGGAAAGGUAAAUGUUCGGAUUUAGGCGGAAAUGGAAGCAUGU